GUUCUCCAGCGCACAACCUUAUCCUGCAGCCACCCUCGCCUGAUUCUUUCCCAGCCGCCGCUCUGGGCGAUUAAAAAUCCUGCUCACCGGCCGGAUCUCCGGCGUCGUCUGCCCCUGCUUUCCUCGGUGUCCUCCCCACAGUCGUCUCCUUCCUCUGCUCGUCGCUGAAAUUCGCCGGCCGCGAACGCCCAUGGCGCACCCCCAGUCCCUGCUUUCUCUUUGCCUCUCUCUCUUAUCCAUGGCCGCCGGUCGCUCCUUUCUGUCCCGCCCGGUGCUCUGCACUGCUCCGUCGCUUGGUCUCCGGCUCGCCGCGUGCGCAAGGUUUCUCUGGUUCAGCCGUUCUUCUUCCUCCCCCUGCGUCCCUGCUCUGCUCUGUCUGCCGCGCGCUGAGUGCCGAGGCUCCUGCUCGACCGCUCCUCUCUGGCUUCUCUCUCUCCCUCCAUCUCUCUCUGCUCACCGCGGCUCUUCCCCAAGUCUGGUGCCAUGGCGCUUGUCAGCCGCGACCUUGCCAGGCUCGGUCCCUGCUGCUGCUCGCCCAUCUCCUUCAUCUCCCUCCUCUCCAUCGUGGUGUUCCUCUCCCUGGUGCUUUUCUGUGCCGGCCGCCCUCACCUCUGCUCCUCCUGGUUGGCCGAGCAGCUCGCCCUCUCUUGUCGUGCGUCCUGCUCGCCCUCAGCUUUUCACGGAGCUCGCCCCGGCCUUAGCUCCUUGCUCGUCAUGGCUACUGUGCGCUCCCUGCUCUUGUGCCGCAUGCAGGCUUCCCUGCCGGAGUUCCGCCAUCCGCGGCCUCUGCCCUGCUUCCUUGGCUGCGUGUCCUUCUGCCGGCCAAGCUCGGCUCUGCGCUUUCCCUUUCUCUGUGCUUGUGCUCGCCGUGCCGUGAGUCACUGGCCAGCAGUCCAGCUCGCCUCCACUUCCUACGUUCCCUGCUCCAGCUCUACUGUCGCGCGCGCAGCUCGCCCCUGCGCAGGUGAAUCGCCCUUGGUGCUGGUCGCGUGUUCCUCGCCCGGCUCGGUCGCGACCUCGCCGUUGUUCCUCAGCUCGGCGCCUGCUUCUUGUUCCUGUUGCCCGUGUCAAGCUCCCUUUAACCGGUCGUCGUCUAGCUCCUCUAUUGCGCGCGUGAGGUUCUCUCCUCGUCACGGUGUGUCGAGUUUUCUCGUCGAGUCUCGCCGCGUGUCCUGUUUCCUGCUCGCCAGCGUGCCCUCUCGGCUCGCUCGGCUUUAAAAUCCCUAUCUCGUCGUCGACCUCGCCAUGACUUAGUUCGUCUGUCGUGCUGGUCACUAUUCCAUAUUGUGCCUAUUAGCUCGGAUCCUGUCCCAGCUCGUCGUUGUGUCAUUCAUAGUCCAGUCGUCAAACCCGUCAUCUCCUGCUCAACCCCACCUCACCAGCUCGCUCAAGACUGCAAUCGAAGGUCGUCGUCAAUCCGUGCGUCAGCACGAAAUCCCAAGAAUCGGGUGAAGACGAAGCUAGCAGCGUGAUAUUUCUCAAGCGCUCGACAAAUUGCCUAGAUCGAAAGAUCACUACCGAUCUCGCGGAUUCGAGUCAGCUAUUGAAACGGUAAGCUGAUGAAUUAUUCAGAAUAGUUCGAUCGUUGAAUAAAUUAAUGUGCUAGUGCGAUGCUCAUU